UAUACCACAAAGAAGAUCAAGGUUGGGUCAUAGAAAUAAUGAUUUGACUGAUGAAGAUAUGCUUCCACCAAUUACUGUACCAGUAAGACAGAGGCUGGAUUUGAGUACUGUGGCUGGAGCACCAAAUGCUGUGAAUAACCAAGAUCCACCACAGGUAUCCCAAAAUAACUCAGCAGGUACAAGAAGUACAUUAUCAACACCAAGAAGGAGAAGACUGUCAACACCAAGAAGGCCUAGAAGAAGUACAGCAAUCAGGAGUGGAACACAGGAGCAGGAAAAUAAUGCUGAGUUAAAUCAAUCAAGCAUCAUUGAUGUACAAGAAGAAACACCCCCAGAAGUGGUUGCAGCAGGAUAUCGCACUGCCACUGGCGACUCACCAACAGUUUUAUUUAGAACAUCAGCACCACUAAUGGUAGAUCAGAUGAAUACCCAUUCCAUAUCAAUUCCAAAUCAAACAAACAGGUCUCAACAAAUCAUUGACAUAACAAGCUAUUCUAGCCAGAGGACUGGAUGUUAA